AUGAAGCCAAUGAAAUUCAUCACUGAAGAUACUUUCAAAGUACAUAAAGGACUUGACCUUGCUAAUCUUAGUAAUCAAGAAGAUCUUAUAUCAGCUCUUCCUGUAAUGAAAAUUCUUAAAACAACUCCAUUCAAUCAUUUUAAACAGAAGGUAGCAGUCAAAUAUGAAAAACAACCUGAACAAAUUCAUUUUUGGGCUUUUGGACCAAGGCAAAAUAAAACUGUCAGACCUGACAUAUUGAUAUCAUCUGAUUAUUUUAAUUUGACAAUGGAUGAGAUUUGUGCUAAAUUAAUGCCAUACAAGAAUACAUUAUAUUUGGAAAUUGCAGAUAAACCUUUAAUUGACAAUACUUGGUUUCCUUCACCAGGUGGAAAAUCUUUAGUAUUUCUGAAAUUUUUUGAUCCUUGCACACAAACUUUAGAUAGCAGCACUGAUGGUGGUACACACAGUGAAAAAAGUGAUGAUGGUGGUGACGAUGUAGCUAUUGGAAGUUUAAAUUGUAGAAGAGCUAGAAAAACUUUGAAAUAUGGUGAUGAUAAUGUUAUUGAUAUUAAUCCUAUAAACGAAAGAAACACUUCAAGAGACUUAAGUGAAAGCGUCGAAGGAUCUGUUGAAGAAUAUGAAGAUUUAAAAUUUCUAAUUGGAACCAAUUUUAAUGUGAUUUUUCUACCUGAUCUUAAUGAGAGUGAUGAAGAGGAUGUAAAUGGUUUAGUUAAUGAAAUUUUGAUUUAA